AUGCCACGAAAAGGAAAUCCGAUUUCGGUAAGACUUGAUCUGAACCGUAGUUCAGAUUCAAGUUGGUUUAGUCAUUUUUAUUAUGGUAAGUUAGUAUAUCAAGAUAUCAAUCUGAGAUCUGAUUUUGGUUCGAUACGUCCACCUACGAGACUUACCUUUGGCUUUCGCCUCGGUAGGUGUAUUAUUAUACAUCUUCAAAAAAGAACAUUCAUUAAUUUUUUUCUUCCUCGUCGACCACAACGACGCAAAAAAUCCAAACCUAGUUUGAUUAAGAUGAAGGGCCGGUGGUUCGAAUUUGGUAAAGUUGGGCCGAUCGAGUGUCUUUAUUCAAGCGAGGGUAGAAAAGAAGAACGAAACGAAGUGAGAGGCCAAAGGGCCGGAAAAAGAGUUGAGUCGACCAGGCUCGACGACCUAAAAAAGCAAAACGAAAUCAGGGUUUGGCCAAAAAAGAAGCAAGGCUAUGGAUACCAUGACCGAUCACCAUCGAUAAAGAAGAAUCUUUCUAAAUCACUUCGGGUCAGCGGGGCCUUCAAGCAUCCGAAAUACGCCGAGGUUGUAAAUGACAUAGCCUUUCUGAUAGAAAAUGAUUCUUCCUUCAGACAAACUAAGUUAUUCAAGUUCUUUUUACCAAGGAAGUUCCACUACAACGGCCCGGCAAGUCGUCUACUUAAAAGGAUCCUCCCUGCAGUGCGCCCUUCCUUGAAUUAUUCGGUCAUGCAAUACUUAUUCAAUACAAAGAACAAAAUUCAUUUCGAUCCCGUCCUAGUUCUCAAUCAUUUCGUGGCACCAGGCGUGGUUGAACCAUCCACGAUGAAGAGAGCUAAUACGCAGGAAAGAAGCUUAGAUAAGAGAAUACGUUCUCGCAUCGCUUUUUUUGUGGAAAGCUCGACCAGCGAGAAAAAGUGUUUGGCCGAAGCCAAAAAGAGGUUGACCUACUUCAUUCGCUUGGCGAAUGCUCUUCGCUUCGCGGGAAGAAGAAAACCCACCAUCUCGCUCUUUCCUUUCUUCGGUGCUACCUUUUUCUUUCCAAGGGAGGGGUUUAGAGUUUCUAAUAACCUAUUUGUUAAAGAUGCCCGGCAACAACUCCUAGGUAAAUUAAGGAGAAAAUGUUGGAACCUCAUGGGUAAGGAUAAGGUAAUGAAAUUGAUCGAAAAAUUAAUAGAUCUAGGUGGGAUAAGAGAAUUUAUAAAGGGAAUAGAGAUGAUGAUAGAGAUCAUACUGAAAAGCAGAAGAAUUCCUUACAGAUAUAACUCUUAUUUGAACGAAGUGAAAAAAAUGCGAUCUUUCUUGUCUAAUAGAACAAACACUAAUACCUUAAUUAAAUCGGUCAAGAUCAAAUCUGUUUAUCAAAGUGCUUCUCCGAUUGCUCAAGACAUAGCUUUUGAACCGAAAAAGAAAAGAGGAUCAUUUCGUUCUAUUUUUAGUAAAACAGUGCCAUUAGUAAUGAAAAAGGGGAUAGAGGGUAUUCGUAUAUCUUGUUCAGGUCGAUUAGAAGGUGCAGAAAUUGCUAGAACUGAAUGCGCAAAGUAUGGAAUAACUUCUUGUAAUGUAUUCCACCAGAAAAUGGAUUAUGCUUCUGCGGAAGUUUCUACUCCUUACGGAAUCAUAGGUGUCAAAGUGUGGAUUUCUUAUAGUCCAAAAUAAAAAGGACGUGCUAUAUCCGAAACUAUAAAAAUAUAGUAAAUAUCGUAAAGGCGUCUAUAGUAGAGGUUGCAAACCGGACGGUACACAACUUGGAUUGCUCGUGUGUGUCCACGGGACAAAUCCCAUUUGAAAUGGAUGGUGUGAGUUUGUCAAAUGCUCGACAAGCCCAACGUCUUAAGUGGUCGAUGGAAAGAGAUAAGGAAAUUUAUAUGGCUCAAGACGAAGAAAUAGCCCGGCAGAAGGCCGAUCUUCGUUCUAAGAUAGAGCCUCUUCUCACCAUGGAGAGGGCCCGUCGUGACCUUUUGGCCAAAUUUCCCGCGAGCAGUACGAGCUCGACCGGGAAAAAGACAGAAAAAGAUUCGAAGGUGGGGCUCCUUUUCAUCUUUUUCUGUUUUUUUAGGGGUUGGCAGGCUCCC